CCGUGCGUUCGACAGAGGCGGUUCACUCUACCCGUGUGAGACUACAUCGCGUCGAACAUCUGACAAGCUGAAAAAAAUUACGUAAAUAUUACAACAUUCGACAUCGAUUAUGAAAGCUCAGUAACCGCCACUGAAGAGCCGAACUGUUGUCCUGACUCCAGAACACUUCCCAACUGCCGAGUGGACGCUGCCCGUUGGCGUUUUGUUUAAAUCUUAUUAUUUCACUUCACUUAUUGGUGAUUUAAUAUUAUUAUUUAUUUGACCCCGAACUUGUGUUGUGAACUGGAUUUUUGUGUGUUUUUGUUCUAAUUUUUUUUUGGAUUGUCUCGCAUUAAUUGAUGUGACAGCAACGCGAUCAUGGUGUAAAUGAAACCAAUGACAGAACCCACUUCGCCGCCGAUUAUGGCAAAACCGAAAGCCGUAACAUCUCUCCAAGUUUUAUAAGUUACAAAAACUCUGAUGCCGUAGAACGUUCAAUGAUACGGUAAAAAGAACAAUUAUAACAUGGUGCGACGACGCUGGAGAUUUUUUACCAUCGCGGCGUUCCUGGUUUUCUUAAUAAAGGAUGCAAUAUGUCAAGACGAAAAUGAUUUUUAUUACACGCCGAUAGAAAAAAACUUUGCUCAAGUUCAACCACCUCUGUUCCCGAGUCGACCGCCGACAUUCUACGAGCACGGGGACUCUUUCCGAGUACCCCAGCCGCAGCAACCUCUCUACAGCGAUGGCUACGUCAGGUUCCCUAGCCCAAAUUACAACCAGAACCCAUCGCCUUUCCAAUUACCGACGGGUAGGAGUCAAUCUGGAGGCCAAUAUUAUGUCAAUCAACCCGAUUACACUCCUCAGCAACGCCAAAAGUACAGGCCGGCGCUACCUCACAAUUACCAAAUUGUACACCCAGCUUCAACUAAACGACCUAAUGUAUCACAGAUACAUUCCAUAGCGUAUCAAAAUGACCCGUCAAAACCAGAAACAUUUUUAGGUCAAAUAACAAUAAAUAAUCCUGACAUCGAUUAUUUGCAAAAUACACGUUUUAAAAAUAUACCGUUUGACGGAAAUAGCCUAAAAAGUAAUGGUCAAAGUGGGCACAUUACUCGUGAUGAAGAUAUCGACAAUGAUAACCAAGACCUCUUCGAUGUUCAUAGGGUCACUACGUACAAUCCAAACAAAAUAACCCCCAAGAUAAAACCAAAUGUGAAACAGAACUCUGCACGAUUUACUAAAUAUGACAUUCCAGAAUUUGAAGAAGAGAACACUGAGUUGGGCAAUGGUCCUGGAAAACUAUUUACAAGGAACAACAACCUCAGGCAACCAAAUUCAGAAUCAAGUCCUUACCAUGCCUCAUCUACAGAAUAUAAAGGACUUUUAGACUUAGAGCCCUUACUUGAAGAAGAUAUAAGUGAUAUUAGUACGUUUAGAGAACUGAUGAAAAAUACUCAAGGGUCGUUUGACGUUCAAGUAAUUAAGUCUAACAAUAGCAAAUUGGCAGACAUUCCAGAUGACAGUAAGCCCGAUGCAUCUUCUAUGAAUGAAGGUAAUGUUCCAAAAGAUGCUACAAUUAAAAUGCUGUCAGAGUUACAUAAUCCACCCACAUCAUCUGUUCCGUCAACAACACAGACUGUUUAUGAACAUUCCCACGAAGAGAACAGUGGCGAGGAAGCGCUGGGUGAUUCAGAUUAUGAGGACGUAUAUUAUGACGAACCGGAAAGUACUGAAGUGCAACAUACGACUAAACCACCUCAACAUAUAAAUAAGCACACGGAAACUACAACCUCUAAUAUUUACGAUGAAUACGAUACUACUGAUGAACCAGAAAAUACAACAUAUGAAACAAAUACAAAUGUUACUGAAUCAUUUGAUGUUUUAGUUAUGAAACCAGAUAACAACACAAUGGUGAAAGAUGAUAAUUUCAAGCAGUUUGUCGAUACACCUCUUAUAGACCAAACUGAAAGUAUAUCAAAUAAUGAUACCACGGUUAACAAUAACAUGACGAGUUCUGAAGAAGAUUUUAGGUCUAUCGAAACUCCUUCUAUUCUUGGUCAAGAAGUCGUAUCUGUUGUCACCACAAAAAGUGUAGUAAACGGGACAAUAUCUGUACAAGACGUGACGUAUGCACCGAGUACCAAAAAGAUUUCCGCAAUUACUGAAACCACAUUCAUGGCCGAAAAUAAUAACAAUGAUACAUCUAUACCUGUUACUACUGAAAAUUGGGUAGUCGUGGCUUCAGUACAAACAAGUCGAAGUGUAUCUGGGGCGCGAUUUUUACCAUUCCCAACUGUUGAACAAGAAGAAAAGAAACAAGUACUUACCGAUGAGAAGGAUGAUAACGAUGGAAGCGUAGAAGAGGGCGGAGAUAGUAUUACACAAGAUCCACGAGAACAAGUAAGCGGAUUAAUUACCAGCUCGUCUACAGAAAAUAUUAAUGAUAAACUUGACAGUAUCCAAUCUGAAUUAUCAAGUGCUGUGCUUUCGGGUUCGUUGGAUAAAGCAAACAAAAACAUUGAGUUGAUAACAGAAGCCACCACAGAACCGACAACCACGACGUCUACUACAACUACAACUUCUUUGAACAUUUUCACUUUAAAAAGUACACAAGCUCCAGUAACAACAGAGCGUUCAGCCCCGGAACCUUUACCGGUUAUGAUCAAAAAGUUUACUCCGCGAGUAACUACCUCCACCACACCUAAGCCUAGAAAAAAGCCGUCAUUGGUGACUGUAAUGGACGAUUUGACAGGACUGUUACCACCUGGUUAUAAGCCAAGAUUGUCUUAUAAAGACAAACGCACUAGCACUACAACUACUACCACGACACGUGCACCUACUUCUACCACAGAAGAACCAAUCGUUAACAAUACGCAAGGCCGUUCAUCAGGCAUAAGUUCAAAGAACAAAGUUAUAUUGCUAGAUAUUAAAUCUCUCCGGCCAAAGGAAUAUAAACCCAAAGAAAACAAACCUCAAGAAAACAAACCUCAAGAUGAGGGUUCAAAACAUGUGCCAAACGACGAAUUAAGUAAACUAUUGCCACCGGGAUACAAAUUGCCUACAAGUGAAGAAAGCACUAGUAAAGAAUCUAGCAAACUAGAUAUUUUGGACAAAGUGCAGAAGGUAGACAUCUCAGCAUUCUUACCUAAAGAUUUUAAAUUGAACUCGUCAACUAAUACCCCCAAAAAGGAACUGCCUGUAAAGGCUACGCCAGUGGAUAUAUCGGCGCUCUUACCACCUGGAUUUAAGUUAAAUAAAACUGAUAACGAAAAAGGUGACAACCUAUUGGGUAGUAUUAAAAUUGCAGAUGUUUCUAAUUUGCUACCGCCUGGCUUCAAAUUGAACAACAGUGAAGAAACUACGGCGCCCAGUUCAACUACGAAAGCUCCUGGGGGAAUUAAACUAGUGUUCCCAUCGAGGCCAGGAAGCAAGCCCGUACGGAAAACUACGCCCAGGCCCAUUGGCGAAAGUGGACCAAGUCCUGUCACGCCCAAGAUCCAGAAAGGUUGGCCGACAAGAGCAUCAACCGAGUUCACCGGCUGGCCCACUCCAUCCACGACGCCGUUCUCGAUCGAGAAGUUGCUGGAGGCCCAGAGGAACGCGACAGCCACCAGUCCUUCUCCCGAGCUGAGCACGGAGCCGACCACCCGCCGCGUCGUCAGCACCACGACGACCACGCCAGCACCGCCGCCUUCCACCACUCCUGGCGUAUGCCGCAAAGAAUGCGAUAUAGCUGCUACUAUCAAAAUUGUUUCCGGCGUAACAUGGGUACCGGAGUUAUUAGACCACCAUACCGAAGAAUGGCAAAGAUUAGCCGAAGAAGUUAAACAAGAGCUCAAUUCUGUCUACUCGAAAUCUAACCUUCUGAGCAAAUGGUACAAAGGAAUAAGGAUUGACGGAUUCAGUAAGGGUUCCGUACUCGUGGACUAUUUCAUCGAGCUGAACGAUGUCGAAAAGAGAGUGGACACGUUAGAACUAAAGAAACUGUUUCACAAAUCUUUGCACGAGGCUAAGCCAGGAUCCGUCAUGGAGAGCGUUCCGGAGGAGUCGCAAGAGUUGGACCCGGACGUGAUGCUGGGUGACCAGCCCGACGAAGAGAGAAUGAAGAAAAGCAAUGAAAAGAUGACUAAAACUAUCGACAAAUCUGCGGGAAAAUUAGAAAUUGGCAAAUUCGUUAUGGACCCUGCGUACACGGAAUUCAUAGUACUGCCAAAACGGGAGGAACCGACGCUUGUCGUUCCAGAAGAGGAAUCCUUCUUGCCGCAAUGGGGAAUCGCAGUUAUUGUCAUAGCGAUGGCAUCUUUACUUUUUGUCAUUAUAUUUGGUGUCACCGUUUUGGUGAACCGACAGAAGAGCUCCAAAGCCAAGCAGCCGAUACCGCUGAGCGAGGACAUGCUCCGCGAGUUGGAUAAGAGCCACAUGGGCGGCUUUGACGACAUGCACCAGAUGAAGGAACGCGAUCUACCCUAUCUGCCUCCAGGAAAGCGAAUGUCGACGGCGUUCAUCGAGCAGCUGGCGUUCCCAACGCCGGGCGACUCGUGGCGCUCGGAGUGGACGCCGCAGCUGCAGAAGUACAUGCAGCACUACACGCCGGACUCUGGCCGCGGUUCGCAGAUCUACGGCGCGGGGGGCAACGCUUACGGCUACGGAGGCGGAUCGCAGAUUUACGGGCAGACAGGCGGCUCCCAGGUGUACGGGUACACGGGCGAGUACCCGCGCUCGCACAACUCGCGCCGCCGCUCCGACUACGACACCAACUUCUAGAAUGUUCGAGCUGCCCCUUAAUCAACAACUAUCACGACUCAAUCUUGACAAUACCCUUUCAAUGCAUUCAUCACUUAUGUUAUGUUAUAGCGGGGACAGUAAUGUCUCUGAUCCUAGGAACGAUCGGGACCUAAACCCGACUUGGUGUCAGUCAGUAAGUUUCAUCCCGUCCUAUCUUAAACUUACUCUUAAUUUAUUGUAAUUAUCAGUUCCAGGCGAUAAAUAUCUAUUUUCCUAGCACCAAAAUCGACCUCUCUAAAGUAUAUUAAUAAACUAAGUAUUUAAAAAGUUUUUACAGUACGAAUUUGGAUAUCCAUAGUUACAUAUUAAAAUAAAUCAGCUUUUUAGACCGGCCUACGAAGUAUUUGAACAGUGCCACAAAUAUAAAAUUGAAAUCACUUUUUCGAGGUAUCGUAUUUAAUCCAUUAAUAAAGAAUUUAGCUGCCAAAUUUUUCGUAACUGUAUAAUUACGACUGAUUGUGAAAUGUAAAUAAGUAGAAUUAAGUACUCACCAAUAUAAUGUAAGUAAAGAGAAGAAGGUGUAAUAACGAAAUUAUUUCUGUAGAUAUCUUUAUGCAUACCUAUAUUUGCUCAGACACGUAGUGGAGCGCCUGUGGAUAGAAUGCAAGCGUGAAACGCAUAAUUGUGCCAAAUGUUCAUGGAAAGUGCGCUUAGAAUGCACCCUUGAGCGGUUAACGAGCGCGUGAGCUGUUUAAGCUCGUGUAAGGACUGCGCGUGAGUUUCGAUGCACUGUGGAGGAGACGAAUCGGAAUAAUCGGAUGUAUUGUGUACUAGAACUAUGUACUAGACUCAUCGAAGCUGGCGCGUAAACUGUAAGUGCGGGCUGCGUCGGCCUGGUCCCGGCCCUGUACUUAUUCGAGGAAUCAACAUUUAUUCACAACCUAGUUCAUAAUGUUUACCCCAUUAUAACAGUCAAUUUUAAACAUUGUUACUAUCAAGAAAUCAUUGUUCGUACCUAUUCAUUCCAUUAUCGUGUACCUACCUACCUAUUUAACUAGGUAUAAUAGACAACGGUUAAUCAUAAAUAAAUUAUCAAUAUUCGUAACAAUAUUUUAAAACUAAGGUUCUUUCAUAUUAUGUGUCUCAAUGUUAUAAUAUGUCAUCGUAUAAAUGUUUAUUGUAAAUUCCUUUUUAAUUGUUAUCUUUUAAAUAGAAAAUUGGGUACGCACCUACAUUAAUAUUGAUGUAUAUAAACCAUUUUUGUACAUGUAGUAUUUUAAUUUAGUUUAUUAGAAUUAGAUACAAAUUUAACCCCUAAGACCCUGGAGUAUAUAGACUUAAUAAAUAUGAAACCUAUA